GGGAGGAGGUGGGGGCAUGUGGGCCUCCUGCAACGUUGAGGUUCGCAAUUGCUUGGCUGCAGUUUCUGUCACUCUGAGACGGUGCCUAAGGCUGGGGGCGACCAUGGCAAAAAGCAAAUUCGAGUACGUUAGGGACUUUGAAGCUGACGACACCUGCUUGGCACACUGCUGGGUGGUAGUGCGGCUGGACGGCAGGAAUUUCCAUCGGUUUGCUGAGAAGCACCACUUUGCAAAACCUAAUGAUAGCCGUGCUCUCCAUCUGAUGACCAAAUGUGCCCAGACCGUAAUGGAAGAACUAGAGGAUAUUGUGAUUGCAUAUGGACAGAGUGAUGAGUAUAGCUUCGUGUUCAAGCGGAAAAGUAAUUGGUUUAAAAGAAGAGCCAGUAAGUUCAUGACUCAUGUGGCAUCCCAGUUCGCCUCCAGCUAUGUGUUUUAUUGGCGGGAUUACUUUAAGGACCAGCAUCUUCUAUAUCCCCCAGGCUUUGAUGGAAGAGUUGUGGUGUAUCCCAGCAACCAGAUCUUAAGGGACUAUCUCAGCUGGCGACAAGCAGAUUGUCACAUCAAUAAUCUUUAUAAUACAGUUUUUUGGGCACUUAUACAGCAAUCUGGACUAACACCAAUACAAGCUCAAGAGAGAUUACAGGGAACUCUUGCAGCGAAAAAGAAUGAGAUUUUGUUUUCUGAAUUCAACAUCAACUACAAUAAUGAGCCUCCAAUGUAUAGGAAAGGAACUGUGUUAAUAUGGCAGAAGGUGGAUGAAGUCAUGACAAAAGAAGUUAAGCUACCAGCAGAAAUGGAAGGAAAAAAAAUGGCAGUGACCCGGACCAGGACUAAGCCAGUGCCCUUGCACUGCGAUAUCAUUGGGGAUGCCUUCUGGAAGGAACAUCCAGAGAUCCUCGAUGAAGGCAGCUGACCCUUUGCUCUUUAGUUCUGGCACGCUUAACCAUGCAAGCCCCACCUUCUCCACAUCUCCUUCAGUGGUCCUAACAUCCCUACCACCCAGAACACUGCCAAGAAUGACUUGACUCGGGAGGGGAAGAGGGAAGAAAGGGAUGGAUGGGGGGUUGGUUAUCUUGUUCUGCUUAAGCAGAACACCUUUUAAAAAAAAAAGCAGUGUUGGAACAUGGUUCCUUUGGUAGAAGUACAUUUUUUUUUUAAAAAACUGUGGUACUAUUUUUAUAAAGCAAGAACUAUUUCAUGCCUUGCAGAAUGAUUCAUUUUUAGAUUGUGACAUAAAUCUUAUAAAAACCUGUCA